CAUCACGGCCGCAUCCCGCGGCUCGCCCCGUGUCGCCGAGCCCCGUGUCUCUGUGUGGAGGCGGAUGGCGGCGCCGGGCGGCCGCUCGCUCCGGCGGGCGGUGCCGCACAGCGCGUAGUGUGCGGCGUCGUGUCGGUGUGCCGGCAGCAUGCUGACCGCCGCUUGGCUGGGCAGGGGGCUCUGGGGGCUGCUCCGCGGCGCGGGGCGGAGGCGGCCGUACGGCGGGGCCGGGCCUCUGGGCUGCCGGGCCGAGGCGGGGGGCGCGUCGUGCCUGGCCGGGGGGGCCCGAGCCGCAUUCGCCUUGCGCGAGCCCCGCUGGGUGCAGCGCGCAGCCCUCGGCGGGACCGGAGCGCGGCGGGCGGGGAGCGGCGGGGCCGCAACUCCACAGCCACCACGGGAACGGAGCGUGGCAGGGCGCUAUGCUGAGCUGUAUGAAAACCCAUGGACGAUCCCGAAUAUCCUGUCAAUGGCAAGGAUGGGUUUGGCGCCGGUUUUAGGCUAUUUGAUCGUUGAAGAGAAUUUCAAUGUUGCACUAGGUGUCUUUGCUUUGGCUGGCGUAACGGAUUUGUUGGAUGGGUUCAUUGCGCGCAAUUGGGCUAAUCAGAAAUCAGCAUUGGGAAGUGCUCUUGAUCCUCUGGCUGAUAAGAUUCUCAUUAGCGUGCUCUACGUGAGCCUAACUUGUGCAAACCUUAUCCCAGUUUCACUUACUUCCAUGAUCAUUCUGAGAGACGUAGCGCUCAUUGCUGCUGUUUUUUAUGUGCGAUACAAAACUCUUUCUCCACCGAGAACACUCAGUAGGUAUUUUAAUCCCUGUUACGCUACAGCCCAGCUAAAACCAACCUUCAUUAGCAAGAUGAAUACAGCAGUUCAGCUGAUUUUGGUGGCGGCUUCUUUAGCAGCUCCUGUUUUCAAUUAUGUUGACAGCGUGUAUCUGCAGACGUUAUGGUGCGUCACAGCUUUCACAACGGUAACCUCUGCGUACAGCUACUACCACUAUGGCCGAAAAACAGUUCAGGUGAUAAAUAACAAAUGAAGUAUUCUUCCUGGCAGCAUGGUUUGCUGGACUGAAGAAGAUGGUUGUAAUGCAACUGGGUUUGUGAAAAAGAACUAUGUUUUUCUGCUUGAACCAUGGCAUCACAGUGAAAUGAAGUUUGAACGUGUACUGUGUGUAUAUAUAGAGACUUUUCAAUGUAUUUUUAAUUUGUUUAAAGAUAAGGUUCUUUAUAAAAACAAAUAAAUAAUGUUCUUAAACACACGGGUUACUAAUUGCUGCCAUACACAUCUUUAAUGACUUUAUAUUGGUUUUGAAGUCAGAAAUAAGCACUUUUCACCACCUUUUUUUGGCAUCUUCAUAUAACACACUGACUAGAUCUGUGAAGAAAAAGCAAUUGUGAGAAUUUGUCUUUGUACCUCAACCUCAGUCAAUAAAGUAGUUUUCCUUACUAGGAUUUAUGACAUGUUUCAGCCUGCAGCAGAACAAACAAUAUGAUCAAACUGAAUCUUCAGAAAUCUAAAUAGAGUGAUAGCCAACACUGUUUUGUUUUCUGGGGGAAUAUGGCAGCCACUGAAGAGUGAUUUCUCUCCCCUGUCCCUUUUAUUUAUUUAUUUCUCUUUGUUUUUAUAUACGAGCAAAUGUUAACUGUAAUCAGCAGAGAAGAGUAUUGAGUCUUAGAAUGGCCAGCUGUGCAUUGCAGUCUAUCCAAACAAAGUAGGCAUGGAAUUAUGUUUCUCAUUACAAAUGGUUUCUAGUGAGUGAAAUAAAGUGCAUCUCCUGCGUC